CUAAUAUAACAGCUCAUGUCAGAGCUUUGGGCGACACAAUGGACACUCCGGACCAGAGACAGAACGAGACGCAGGCAGAGGAGCAGAGUUUAUUUCCCACUGCAGUGUCAGAAGAGGAGCUGGAUGAGGCCAGGAGAAAAAGCACCUUCAAGCAGCUUUUUGGCUCCAGAAAAAUCCUUCUGGCACCAGGAGAGAAACGUCCUCAAAGACCAGAGCUGCAGGGGAGCCUCAUCAUCCAGAGCAAGGCUGCAGAACAGUGAGAGACAUGAUUACAGAAAUGGAGUCGAGGCGAUGGGAAAGUCCCAGUUUGAGAAGGCUGUGGUUUGCUUCUCCAAAGCCAUCACACUGCAGCCAGAACAGACUCAGCUGUGUGUGAGCCAAGGAGAAGCCUACCUGCAGCUGUGUGACUUCCAGUCAGCAGCAGCCUGUUACAAACGAGCCUCGCUCCUGGAGCCCGGGGCCUUCAGCACCCGCUUGGCCUUCAUCUACAACCUCCAGGGCCAGUGUUUGUUUGACCGAGGUCUUUUCGUAGAAGCUCUUGAGGCCUUCAACAAAGCUGCUGAGGUGAAGCCCGACUGCAGGGCCUACAAGGUCAGAAGCCUGGACUGUCUGACAGCUGCAGGUCACCACACUGAAUGUCUGAAGCUGGUGAAUGACUGGAUGCAGUCAGAGGCUCCCACCUCAGAUCUGUACAUCAUCAGAGCCCGACUGCACAAACUACUCAACCAGACAUCACAGUGUUAUCAAGACGUCAGGUCGGUGUUAGCGUUGAACCCAACGUGUCCGGAGGCCCGAGUCCUGCUGCUGCAGCUGCAGGAGGCCAGUGAACGGGCCAGACAAAAGGCUGUGGACCGAGCUCUGACCGGCCAGCUGCCUGAGGCCCUCUGCAUGAUCAACAUCGCUCUGGAGAACUGCCCCCGGGACGCACGCCUCUACCUGUUCAGAGGGAUUCUGUACCGACGCCUGAAAGACUUCACAGCAGCCAUUGAGGAUCUAGUCCAGGCUGUGGAGCUGAGUGAGGAGGAGGGGGAGAGGGAGGAGGUCAGAGGUCAGGCGGAGGCCAGAGAUGAGAAGGAUGAGCGUGACUCUCUGGAAAAGGAGGUGAACUUUCAGCUGGUUCUCACCUACAAUGAUUUUGCUGUUCAGUGCUUCAGCAGAGGGCUCUACGCUGAGGCCACUCUGCUUCUCAACAAGGCCAUCGAGGAGGAGAAGGGCCAGCCGGGCCUGUACCUGAACCGAGGAGAUUGCUUCUUCAAGCAGGGUGAGUGGUGUUUUUCUCUGGCCGACUACCAGCAGGCUGAGGAGAUGAUGCAGCCCGAUGACCCUGCUUUCCGGCUUCGCCUCGCUGUCCUCCACAACACGAUGGGCUGUAUCAGCUUCCAGGACGGGCGUCUCCAGGAGGCAGCUGACAUGUUUUCUCUGGCCGUCCAGUACAACCCCACAGCCAGUCAGUACUAUGAGAACAGAUCCAAGGCCUUCCAGAAACUCCUGAACUUGGAGGAAGCUGGACGGGACUUCAUCUGCACACUGAUCCUGGAUCCCACCAACGAGGAGGUGCCUCCUAUGCUCAUGAAUCUGUUCCCUGGCAGCAGUGUGUCUGAUGUUUUGUCCAGUCCAGCAGGACAAGCAGUCAGUGUUCAGCUGAUGGAAACCAUCCAGGCCUACAGCUCCUCCUCCGAUCAACAAAGACUGAGUGAGAGGCUCCAGAAGAUGACUCUGGCCAAUGGGAACACAGUGAGCCAAUCAGAAGCCCCACCCGGCGCAGGACAGGAGCUGAAGCUGAAGCUGUGUGUCGACCAACAGGAGAUGCAGAUAAAUGUGAAGAGCCUUCUGCAGGUUGAGGAAGUGGUUCGAUCAUUUCACCAUGACCGUCAGGCUCCAAAGCACCACACUGAACCACGCCAAGCCACACACCACCCACCACCACCACCACCGUCCACACAGUGGAACACCACCAGUCUGCCUUUAAGAGGUCGCACUACAACAAGAGAUUUGGGCUCCACAUCUCAGAAGUGAUUGUGGAGUUACUCGCGGUGGGAAGUGAACAAUUGAAUAUGUUGUUCUCUGCAGCAUCAGAAUGCUGAGUUUUAUUUGAAUUAGAAGAGACUCGCUCUGAGAGAAGAGAAUAUUUAUUUACAUGUGCACAUAAGUAUGUGAAAUGUGAAAAGUCUUUGGUGAUUUGACCCCAUCGUGAUGUCAUAUAUAUAUAUUACAGGAGGGUGGUAAAAACGCAGAAGAUUAGGGAGCCCCCUAUGGAGUCUAGGCGCUGAUGGUGGUGGUGAUGAGAUGAGAUGAAGAAGGAGAUGAGGAAGGUCUGGAUGUGAAGAGGAGUGGGCUGUUGAUGAGCACACCCUUAUAAUGUGAACUAACUUUAAAAAUAACCACAUCACAUCUACAUGAUCCUAAAUUUCAUCAGACAGUAAAAGAGAAUAAUAAGGCAGGCUGUGGAGAGUAAAUCAACAGUGGCAACACUUCUCUGGUAUUAUCCUUUACUUAGCAUGUUAUUAUGUACUGUAGUCCAAUAGGUGGCAGCACAGCCACAAGUUUAGCAUGAUGGUGUUUCUCAGGAUGCUCUACUACUCUGUGUAAUCAGUGCCUUCUCAUUUUAUAUAUGACAUGAGAACUA